AUGUCCCUCUACCACGAAACCGCCUCCCUCCUCACCACCCCCUCCCCCACCGGCAGCCUCAAAUCCCGCAUCUACAACCCCAACCCCCCCACCAAACCCCUCAAAUCCCCUCCCGCCCAAAUCUACGCCCUAGCCUUCGAAUCCAGCAAAUGGAGCCCCAUCCUCAAAGAAGUCGUCGAGCACUCCCAACUCCUCCAUCUCGAGCGCAAACUCACCCCGCCCCUCGCCAUCCUCCUCACGCAUGACCUGCUGCUGGCGAAAAAGGGGAUUGCUCUCCCUGCGUCGCAUGGGUUGAGGGUUGCGGUGGAGAGGCAUAGGGCUAGGUUGCAGGCGGAGUUGAGUAGGGCGAGGGUGAGGAGGGGGUGUGCUUCUUUGGAGGAGUUGAGGGGGGUGGUUGAUGGUGGUGUUGACGGAGGGGAGGUGCAUCCGAGGUGGAUUAGGGUGAAUGGGUUGAAGAGCUCGGUGAAUGAGCAGUUGGAUACGACGUUUAGGGGGUUUGAGGUGGUGAAGGAUGUGGGGGAGGUUAUGAAAGCUGUUUCUCCUUUUACAGGGAAAGGGAAAGGACAGGGGCCGCGCAGGGUGAUCUGUCUCGAUCCGCACAUCCCCAACCUGAUUGCUGCGUCUCCGGGGUCGAUGGAUUUCACUAAGACGGCGGCGUACCAGACGGGGGCUAUCAUCCUGCAAGAUAAAGCGUCUUGUUUUCCGGCGUAUUUGCUGGAUCCGCGGCCGGGGGACGGGGAUGUGGUGGAUGCGUGUAGCGCGCCGGGGAAUAAGACGACGCAUCUGGCGGCGAUUUUGCAUGAGCGGCGACGAGACCAACAAAAGAUCCUGGCGUUUGAAAAAGACAAACGCCGCGCGCAGACGCUGGUCAAGAUGGUGCGGACGGCUGGGUCAGACGGAAUCACGGUGGUGCAUCCGGGGGCGGAUUUCCUCAAGACGGAUCCGUUUUCGGCCGAGAUGAGUCGGGUUGGGGCGUUGUUGUUGGAUCCGUCGUGUUCGGGGAGCGGGAUUGUCGGACGGGAUGAUACGCCUGAGUUUCAUCUGCCUGAGAUGGCUACGUCUACAGGUGGGGGGAAGAAUGGGUCAGAGAGGAACAGUGGGAAGAAGAACCUAAAGAGGAAACGAGCUCCCUCUCCUCCUCCACCACCGACAGCGGCGACGGUAUUGGUGGAUGAUGAUGGGACUGAGACGGUGGUUGCGUCUGAGAAGGCGUUGGAGGCGCGGUUGGAGGCGCUGGCUUCAUUUCAACUCGCCCUCCUCCAACACGCCCUCACCUUCCCCCACGCCACCCGCGUCACCUACUCAACCUGCUCCAUCCACGCGCGCGAAAACGAACACGUCGUGCUAGCCGCCCUGCGCUGGGCCAAAACCCAGACACCCAGCCUCAAUUACUCCCCCUGGCGCCUCCUCCCCCGCUCAGCCCAAAUCCGCGGCAUGCGCGACUGGCCCGUCCGCGGCGACAUCGACGCGUGUGAGGGGGACGAGGAGGCUGCGCAGGCGUGUAUUAGGGCGCAGCGGGGGGAUGGGAGGGGCACGAUGGGUUUUUUUGUUGCUUGUUUUGUGAGGGAUUUGGUGCCUGGUCAUACUAAUACCAGUGGGAGUAGUGGUGAUGCUGCUGCGAUCCAGGGGGGUGAUGACGACGGGCCGUAUGUACGGGACGCCGAAGGGCGGAUUGUAAGGGAUGAGCAGGGGAUUCCGAUGUUAAAGGGGAGUGGGAGGAAGGCGGUGGAUUUGGGAGCUGUGGAGGGGGAUGUGGAGGUGCGGUUUGGUGGUGAUGAAGAGGAUGAGGAGGAUGGGCCGUUUGAGAGAGAUUCAGAGGGGAGGAUUGUGAGGGGGGAGGAUGGGAUGCCGGUGUUAAAGGGGGGAAGGAAAGAUGAUGAAGAGGAUGAAGAAGCAGGGGGUGAAUGGGGUGGUUUUGAGGAUUAA